AAUCCUUUCUCCCCAAGUUUAUCAGGACAACCGCCUAAGAGAGAAGCCAAGCCAGAGGUAGAACUCUCAACCCCCUGGGUGUGUCUUACAGCUCUCCCGACGGCCUAGAGGCUGAUCUGUGACUCACAGAAGGACACUACAAAGAAGUGACCUGAGGUAUUCAGUGCCCUGGCCAGAGGGAGCUGGGAUGAGGACCUGUACGUGCCUAUACCACUUCCUGGUUUUGAACUGGUACAUUUUCCUCAAUUACUACAUCCCACGACAUGGAAAUGAACAGAAGGAAUAUAAGAUAUUUCAAGAUGGUGCCCAGUGGAAGUACUUGACUCUUCUGAAUCUGUUCUUGCAGGCCUUUUUCUUCGGGGUCGCCUGCCUGGAUGAUGUGCUAAAAAGAAUCAAAGGAAGAAGAAACAUUAGGUUCAUAACUGCCUUCAGAGAUCUGCUGUUCACCACGUUGGCUUUCCCUGUGUCCACAUUUGUAUUUUUGGUAUUCUGGACCAUCUUUCUCUAUGACCGAGAGCUCGUUUACCCCAAGAUCCUAGACGAAAUCUUUCCGAUAUGGAUGAAUCAUGCAAUGCACACGUUCAUAUUGCCCUUCUCGCUGCUUGAAGUCGUCCUCAGGCCACAUCAYUAUCCAUCCAAGAAGACAGGAAUCACGUUGUUGGCUGCUGGCACUGUUGCUUACAUUGCCAGGGUCCUGUGGAUCUACUCCGAGACUGGCCGGUGGGUGUACCCUGUGCUUGGAAAACUCAGCCCGCUGGGCCUCACGGUCUUCUUCUCCUCCAGCUACUUCCUGAGUGUCAGCAUCUACCUGUUUGGAGAAAAGAUCAACUGCUGGAAAUGGGGUCACAUGAUGCAGCCGUGGAUGAAGAGGAAGUGACUGCGUGCCAGGUUCCAAGGACCGAGGAGGAAGAAAACAUGAGAGAUUUUUUUUCUCAUUAUUAUUAUUAUUAUUUAUUAUGAUUAUUUCUGUGGGGGAGGUGAUGGAAUAACAUAGGAAGGUGGAAAGGACAGAGGCUGGUGUUCAAAUGUAAUAAGAAGUUAUAAAGAUAGCUUCACUGGAGGAUUCUUGGUCCUUUGAAAGUUUAUACAUGCCCCAAACAACUCCUGGCCAUCUCAGAAUUUGUUACCUGUGUGUGUCUGACCUCCACCGAGGAUGAUGGUUUCUGGGUCAAAAUUUGGCCAAAGACCAAAGAAUCUCACAUACAAUUGGCAUUAAAGAAUACUUAGAGAAAGGGACAGGAGCAUAGGGUCCUCCAAACCCUUCACUUUCCAAAGGAGGACAAUGAGGGUCCAGAAGAGAAGUGACCUGUGUCAAAGUAUCUAAAUGAAGAUAAUGGUUCUG